GACUGGGGACCAAGUCAGUGCCUCACAAGGGUAAUUGAGUCAUGAGGGGUGGAGAAGAGGGAGGGAAGUAGAAGAUAAAUAGCAGCUUUGCCUCCCUGGCUCCUCUCUGCAUCCUUCCCACCCUGCCAACAACAUGCACCUUGACAGUUUGCUCAGCUCCUGCUCCCUCCUACUGCUAUUCGGGGCCCUUCCUGGAUGGGCAGCCAAUGAUGACCCCAUUGAGAAGGUCAUUGAAGGAAUCAACCGGGGGCUGAGCAAUGCAGAGAGAGAGGUGGGCAAGGCCCUGGAAGGCAUCAAUAAUGGAAUCACUCAUGCUGGAAGGGAAGUGGAGAAAGUUUUUAAUGGACUUAGCCACAUGGGGAGCCAGGCUGGCAAGGAGCUGGACAAGGGCAUCCAGGGGCUCAACAACGGCUUGGACAAGGUAGCCCAUGGGAUCAACAGUGGCAUCGGACAAGGAGGAAAGGAAGCAGAGAAGCUUGUCCAUGGGGUCAACAACGCUGCUGGACAGGUUGGGAAGGAGGCAGACAAAGUGAUUCAGGGGGUCCAUCAUGGGGUCAACCAGGCGGGAAGCGAGGCGGGGAGAUUUGGCCAGGGGGUCCAUCAUGGGGUUAGCCAGGCUGGGAAGGAGGCAGAGAAGUUUGGUCAAGGGAUCCACCACGGGGUUAACCAGGCUGGGGAUGAGGCGGGGAGAUUUGGCCAGGGGGUCCACCAUGGGGUUAACCAGGCUGGGAAGGAAGCAGAGAAGUUUGGUCAAGGGAUCCACCAUGGGGUUAACCAGGCUGGGAAGGAGGCAGAGAAGUUUGGGCAGGGGGUCCACCAUGGGGUUAACCAGGCUGGGAAGGAGGCAGAGAAGUUUGGUCAAGGGAUCCACCACGGGGUUAACCAGGCUGGGAAGGAGGCAGAGAAGUUUGGCCAUGAUGUUCAUUACGCUGCAGGGCAGGCUGGGAGAGAGGGAGACAAAAUAGCCCAAGGGGUCCACCAUGGAGUUAACCAGGCUGGGAAGGAGGGGGAGAACUUUGGCCAGGGAGUUCAUCAUGCCGUUGAACAGGCCGGAAAGGAGGCAGACAAAGUGGUCCAAGGGGUCCAUGAUGGGGUCAACCAGGCCGGGAAGGAGGCUGAGAAAUUUGGUCAAGGGGUCAACCACGCUGCCGGCCAAGCUGGAAAGGAAGCGGAGAAACUUGGCCAAGGUGUCCACCAUGCUGCUGGUCAGGCCGGGAAGGAGGUGGACAGGUUGCAGCAGAAUGUUCAUAACGGGGUCAACCAAGCCGGCAAGGAGGCCAACAAGCUGCUGAAUGUAGGGCACUCACCCAGGCGUUUCCACCGGCCAGCACCAGCACGGAGGGGGCGCAACCACAACAUUAACAUCUGGAGCCUCGGUCAACAAGGCCUUUCUCAACUUUCCAGCUCUGUGGAAGAGCGUCAUCGCCAUCAUUCCCUGAACUGAUGCGCUGGCCUUCUCAGCAGACUGACAUUCCUGUUGUCAUACUAACUGGCAUGACCUGCAGGAGCCGGGGGUGGGGGGGCAGAUUUCCUGAGUCUCGCAGGGCGGCUGUACUGGGAUUUGUGAAUAAACACGACACUC